AUGGCAUCAAUAUCAUUCCCUGGCAACAACCAUGGGAUCCAGGUCGGAGAUAACCGUGGCUCAAUCACGGCAGAGUUUUAUCUACCCCCAGAGCGACCGGAAAUUCCACCCAACCCAUUAUCAACCGUCCCUUUCGCGCGCGAUCCGGAUUUUGUCAAUCGCAUCACACUGCUCCAUCAGAUCCAUGAGAAAAGCUCAGUGCCAGGGUCGAGAAUAGCGCUGGUUGGCCUCGGCGGUGUUGGGAAAUCGCAACUUGCCAUCGAAUACACCUACCGGGUUCGGUCCGAAUCGCCGGCGACAUGGGUCUUCUGGGUCCAUGCGAGUAGUGAAGCCCGGUUCGAGCAGAGUUUCCGGGACAUUGCGGACCAAGUCAAGAUCCCCGGUCGUCAGGAUCCUAAAGUCAACAUAUAUAAACUUGUCGAGAACCGGCUUCGGGAUGAGAAGACAGGAAAAUGGAUCUGUAUCCUUGAUAAUGUUGAUGAUGACAAGUUCCUCUACUCAUUUCAGGCCGCACGGAAGGAAGACACGAUAAGAGACCCAACGCAUGCCUCGACAAAACCGCUAUUAGAAUAUAUUCCUAGAGGCCGGAAUGGAUCUAUUGUUAUCACGAGUCGGACGAAAGAGGUUGCGUUGAAAUUAGUUGAUCGCAAGGACCUUGUCGAAGUCAAAGCAAUGGACAGCUCCGAGGCGCUAGAGCUUCUCCAAAGAAAGCUUCAACAAGCCGGGGACGGCGAAGAGAGUCAAAAAUUAGUACACACAUUGGAGUUUAUGCCGCUAGCGAUCGUACAGGCCGCGAGCUAUAUUCAAAAUCGGACGCCUCGCUAUUCGAUAUCACAAUACCUGAAAGACUUUCAAGAGAGCGACCGCAAAGCUAUCAGGCUUCUGAAAGCAGAGGCGGGCCACUACUACCGAGACUGGGAAGCAAAGAAUUCAAUUUUAGUGACGUGGCAAAUUUCCUUCGAUUAUAUACGUCAAACAAAGCCAUCUGCAGCGGAGUUGCUUUCUCUUAUGAGUUUUUUCGAUCGACAAGCGAUACCAGAGAACCUUAUCUGGCAUCGACCCGAGGUCAACAACACAUCAAUUUCAGAGCUUCUGAACGACUCUGAUGAUAAGAAAGAUUCUGAGUCGGAUAUAGGCCCCGAUUUUGAAGAUGAUGUCGUGGCUCUGAGGAAUUUUGCAUUUAUAUCUGUCAGUGAGGAUAGCACUUUUUUUACGAUGCAUCGGCUAGUUCAACUGACCAUGCGUGCGUGGUUGAAAUCUCGGGGACAAAUGAAUCAAUGGCGAGAGAUCUUCAUAAACAAUCUAUGCGAAGAGUUUCCCACGGCUGAAUACGAAAACUGGGAGACGUGUCGGGCGCUCUUUCCACAUGUCAAAUGCGCAAUAUCACAACGACCAGAAUCGCCUAAUUGUCUACGACAAUGGGCUACAUUGCUUUAUAGAGCUGCAUGGUAUGCGUCGCAAAGAGGCAAUAUCGCAGAUACAAGAGAUAUGGCAGCCAGGUCAAGAGAGGAAAGAACGAUUUUACUAGGUGAAGAGCAUGAAGAUGUUCUUAAUAGCACAGGCAUGUUGGCAACAGCAUACUGGCUUGACGGCCGCUGGGAGGAGGCCGAGCAGCUCGACGUGCAGGUAAUAAAGACGAGCAAGACAAAGCUCGGCGACGACCAUCCCUCCACGCUAAGCAGUAUGGCCAACCUGGCGUCGACGCUCUGGAACCAGGGCCGGUGGGAAGAGGCCGAGCAGCUUUUUGUGCAGGUGAUAAAGACAAGCAAGACAAAGCUCGGCGAGGAACAUCCCGAUACGCUGACCAGUAUGGCCAACCUGGCGUCGACGUAUAGGGACCAGGGCCGGUGGGAAGAGGCCGAGCAGCUCGAAGUUCAGGUGAUGAAGACUCGCAAGGCGAAGCUCGGUGAGGAUCAUCCCCACACGCUCACCAGUAUGGCGAAUCUCGCUUUCACUUCGAAAUCUUCCGCUCACGAUGCCGAAACCAUCAAUCUGCUACGCGAGUGCUUAAAGAAGCAGAAGCAAAUACCAGGACAAAACCAUCCCACUACUUUAUCUAAUUCUGAAAAAUUGUUGAAAUGGGAAACGGAAGUGACACAGGAGACUGAAAGGGAAUGGGAAAGGGAUGAGGAGUGGAAAACCGAUAGCGAAUAG